AUGAUUCCCUCCGCCGCGCCGCUCAACACCAUGGCUACGAGGGCUAGCGCUACCCCCGACGACCAGGACGACUCCCGCUCGUCGUCAUCCACCGCCUCGCCUGCCCCUGCCGACAAUGAAGAGUCCGACUUCUUUCUCGGUGCCAACGAUUCAGAGUCGUCGUUGGGCGUUCCCAACUUCCAGGAUAUGCAGGUCGAGGACUCGUGCUGGCCGCCGAUAAACAGGCUGCCCAACGAGAUUCUCAUCAGCAUCUUCGCCAAGCUUGGCGCCACAUCCGACUUGUAUCACUGCAUGCUCGUAUCCAAACGAUGGUCCAGGAAUGCCGUCGACCUCUUGUGGCACCGACCUGCAUGCACCAACUGGAGAAACCACAGCAGCAUUUGCCAGACCCUGGGCCUUGAGCAUCCCUUCUUCAGCUAUCGAGACUUCAUCAAGCGCCUAAAUCUUGCAGCUCUCGCUGACAAAGUCAACGACGGAAGCGUCCUGCCUUUGGCCGCCUGCACCAGAGUCGAGAGGUUGACGCUGACAAACUGCAAGGGCUUGACCGACUCUGGCCUGAUCGCCCUGGUUGACAACAGCCCAUCACUGUUAGCCUUGGACAUUUCCAACGACAAGAACAUUACUGAGCAGUCCAUCAACGCCAUUGCUGAAAAUUGCAAGAGACUGCAGGGACUCAAUAUUUCCGGCUGUGAUAACAUCUCCAACGAGAGCAUGAUUAACCUUGCUCAAAAUUGCAAAUACAUUAAGAGGCUGAAACUGAACGAAUGCGCACAACUUCGCGACAAUGCCAUACUCGCCUUUGCGGAACAAUGUCCAAACAUUCUCGAAAUCGACCUCCAUCAAUGUCUUCAGAUUGGAAACGGCCCAGUGACAGCCCUCUUAUCGAAAGGGAACUGUUUGCGAGAACUUCGGCUUGCCGGCUGCGAACUCAUCGAUGACAGUGCAUUUUUGGGCCUUCCGGAAAAGCGCGUGCGAACAUACGAGCAUCUCCGAAUUCUCGACUUGACGUCCUGCACACGACUUACCGAUGCCGCAGUAGAAAAGAUUAUUGACGUUGCUCCCAGGCUUCGCAACCUGGUCCUCGCAAAGUGCCGCAACAUCACAGAUGCCGCUGUCAACGCUAUUUCGAGGCUUGGCAAAAAUCUUCACUACGUCCACUUGGGCCACUGCGGGCUAAUUACCGACGAAGGCGUCAAGAAACUUGUGCACAGUUGCAAUCGGAUUCGCUAUAUUGAUUUGGGCUGUUGCACAAAUCUGACAGAUGACUCUGUGAAGCGAUUAGCCUUACUGCCAAAGCUCAAGAGAAUAGGCCUUGUGAAGUGCAGCUCUAUCACUGAUGAGUCUGUAUUUGCCUUGGCUGAAGCUGCAUAUCGCCCCAGGGUACGACGAGAUGCUAGCGGAGUGUUUAUCGGAGGAGAAUACUACACACCGAGCCUGGAACGAGUUCAUCUGAGCUAUUGCGUUAACCUUACUCUCAAGAGCAUAAUGAGGCUACUGAACUCAUGCCCGAGACUCACUCAUCUCAGCUUGACUGGCGUUGCCGCAUUUCAACGGGACGACUUUCAAACCUAUUGCAGAGUCGCACCGCCUGAGUUUACACAGCACCAACGCGAUGUCUUCUGCGUCUUUUCCGGCAGCAUGGUCUCACAGUUCCGCGACUUCCUUAACACCUCACCCCGAUUCGAAGAGCUGCGGGAUAGUCUUCCGUAUCGAGCUGGUGGUGGCUCUCGUAUCAGAGGUGCAGCAGCUAGACGCUCGCAAGCCAUGGCCAAUUAUCUCAAUGCUGCAGAAGGGGAAGGAUUCGACGAUGAAAUGCCUGAUGAAGAAAAUGACUUUGAAGGUCUUGAUGGCACAGACAUGGCAAUUGACCCUGCUGCCCACCCACCACAGCAUCUACCUGCUGAUCUUGCGGGAAUUGAACCAACAAUACCGAACGUCGGACAACCGAUUCCAGUACCGCCACCUGCGCCAGGGGUCAUCCAAUAUUCCUUCCCUCCCGCUGGUUACCCUCAUCCCACCAUUCAACAUCUGCAACAACUUCACCAAAGUGUCAACCCGACUUACCAACACUUGCAACAUCAGCAAGCUGCAUCAAUGGGCCCCUUGGCGUUUUCUAGCUUUAUGACCAACGAACCAGCUGCUGGUAAUCCUCCACUUAGCGCGAAUGGGCGAGCACAGGCAAGCAUGGCACCAUUGACCUCGCCAGCGGUGCCUCAACAGGCGGGAUCGUCAUCUGGAAGUGGACUUGUGAAUGGCACUGGUGCCAGCACGGCAACGAUGCACCAGCAACCUCCGGAUGGCACCGAGCAAUGA